GCUGUCUGCGGAGAUUUCCAAACGAUCUGCUGCGUCCCUGCAGAGCUGCAGGUCUUUCCAUGUGGUUAGUAAAGCUGUGGCCAGCGGACCGCAGCAGGAGAAUCGUAGCAGCAGACUGCUAACCUGCUUCACCAGCUUUCCAUGUAAACAACUCUGAAAUGAUGUGAUACUUUUUUGUUUUGUAGUCACUGUGCUUUUUUCUCACCAUGACGCAGCCGGCAGAGAAAGCGUAUUAUCGCUUUGUGGUGCUGUUCUUCAACUGUCUGCUGACAUUCGGCUCCUACUUCUGCUUUGACAUCCCCAGUGUUUUGCAGGAUCAGUUCCAAGGGAACCUGACAUGUCCCAAUUCCACCGUGAUCAAUGGGACAGUGGACUGUGUGGAGGGACUGGGGAUGAGUCCUCAGCAGUAUAAUCUGCUUUAUGCAAUAUAUGCUUGGACGAAUGCAGUCGUGGUUGUCCUUGCUGGUUUCCUGAUUGACAAAUUAGGAAAUCGCUUCGGAGUGUUUCUCUUCUCCUUCCUGUGUGUUCUGGGCUCGUCGCUGUUUGCACUGGGCUCUCACUUUAAAGGAACUCCCUACCUGCUGCCGCUCAUGCUCACAGGCCGAUUACUGUUUGGAUCGGGCAACGGAUCUUUGACCAUUGUUCAGAACCGCAUCACAGCCUUCUGGUUCAAAGGGAAGGAGCUGGCCUUGGCUUUCGGUGUGACCCUGGCAUUCUCUCGUCUGGGGUCGGUCCUGAACUUCUUCUUCACCCAGAAGUUUGAGGAAAAAUAUGGCAUGCAGUGGACCCUCUGGGGUGGUGCUAUAUUAUGUGUGCUUGGCUUCGCAUCCGCCAUUCUCGUCAGCACGAUGGACAAGAUCGGAAUGAAACAGCUCGGUCUUGAUGGAGCCAUUCAAGAGGAGUCCCGCAAAGUGAGAAUUCAGGAUGUGAAGCUCCUCUCGCUGAGAUACUGGCUGCUGGUUCUCACCAUCAUGUUCUUCUACAAUGGCAUCUUCCCGUUCAUCGCAGAUGCUAGUAAGUUCAUUCAGGAUAAGUACAGUGGCUACAGUCAGAAGGAGGCGGCGUACAUUGCCGGGGCGGUUUACGACAGCUCACUGAUCCUCUCGGCCAGCGUGGGCAUUCUCAUAGAUUUUGUGGGUCUGAGGGGCAUAUUUGCUCUGGCCUGUGCCGUCCUCACGCUGCCCGUGUUCGGGCUCCUCGCCUUCACAUUUGUACCGCCUCUCGUCUCCACCAUAUGGCUCGGAAUCACCUACUCUUUCGCAGCAGCGAGCAUGUGGCCGUCCAUCCCCCUCGUGGUUCCUCAGGCGACUCUGGGGACGGCCAUGGGUAUGGCCACCUCCAUACAGAUGAUUGGGAUCGGGGUGUCAAAUCUGGUGGUCGGGCAGAUUUUGGGUACCAAGUCCAGUGAAACCAAGAUUCCAUUGUGGCGUUGGCAGAGGAUGAUGAUCUUUAUGUUAGCCAACACGGUCAGCUGCAUCGUCACCUCAGUGCUGCUUAAUGUUGUCGACCGCAGACAGGGCGGGACCCUGAACAAGACGACCAAGAGGUCAGAGGCAGCAGAGAGAGACUCGGACAGAGAGCCGCUCAACCAGGCAGAGGAGGAGGAGGAGGAGGAAGACGAGGAGGAAGAGGAGGCGGUCAGAUCUCAUUCUAUCAACUCCUGAGCUUUUCAACAGUUUUCUCUUUCUCUUGAUAUAUUUUUGUAUGUACUAGUUUUUAUUUUGAUCAUGGACUUGAUGAAUUACCUCAUCUUACUACAGUGUAUGAUAAAGCAGUACAUUGACUCAGAAUGAUUCAUGGUUAUUAACAGUCAACUAGGUCAGGGUUCGACAUUAUAACUGGCCCGGAUGAAUGAUUGACAGAGUCAGAGUCGGGCCAGCUGAUUGCACGUUCAGCUGACCAGCUCGGGUCAGUUCAAAUACUGCCUGAAAAAAAAAAUAGACAGUAACACGUUCUCAAUUUCACAGCGCUAUCCUGUCAUGCCGGUGUUUUGUCAGUAAUUAUUUUUAAACGUUGUGCUAAUAACUGCUACAGCAUCAACGUAUCAUAAGCGCUCGUGCGUGCGCAGGUGUGUCACAGUUAAAAGGCAACCGAGGUUUCACUGCUCUCACUCCCGCUCGCUACUCUCGAAUUGAACACUCGCACACAGAUUUUAGCGCAGGUUUUCUCUGAUAAAAAAACAUGUUUUAAAACCAUCAGAGCCCGACAAAAGCCGAGCUAAAAUCAGCAUUCAAAGGAAACAAAUCACCGGAAGAGUGGAGAGUGACAGCAGGGCAUGACGAAAACAGAAGGGAGAAAAGUUUGAGCCACAGUGACAGACAGCUGGAGGAGCUGGAACACGUUAAAGUUAAAGACUAUCCUGGUAAAGAUUAAAGGUAUUCACAAAGCAUCUUAGCCCUGAAGAGAGCUCCUAAAGUAAAGAUCUAAGGAUGAAGAGUUUCUCACAGAGAAGAAAGAAGGAGAGAUUCCAGAUCUAUCACAGCCUCAUAUUAAUAUCAGAUUAAAUAGACUCUUACAGUUACCAGCAUGGUGAAUAAACAUGAGCACAUAAAUAUAAGAAAAAUACACAAUAUUUUUAUAAUUAGAGCUCAAUUAAUUAAAUAAAAGUUGUAAUUGACUUUUGCAUCAGAAUGGUUCAAGAGUAAAUUGGUGACUGUUAUUCUUCAAAUCAAAAGUAAUGUUCCUGGGCCAGCGGUUACUGCUACAUAUAUUCACUUUUUGAAGUAUUACAUAAGACAGACAGUAGUGACAGAAACAUGGUAUCAGAACAUAGACAGCCAAACAUAAAUCUUUUUAUGUCAUGUAAAGAAAAUGUCACAAAUAUGUCAGGUCUGUGUGAAUAUACUGUAAUUGUCUUUUAUGGUUCUAACGGUUAGAACCAUAAAAGACAAUGGGCAAACUACGGCCCGUUGGGCUUUUUAAUCCGGCCCGCCGAACUUGUCCAAAUUAUAUUAUUAUUAAAUUAAAUUUUAUUAUAAUUAAACCUUGUUCGUUUUCCCCUGUAAUGCCCGCGUUUCCCCAAUAGAUGGCGCACUUCAGAGUGUGGUGUAUUAUUCACUUUGCCCUAUGAACCCGUAUGAGCCCUUCUGUAAAGAUGAGCGGAUCAAAGAAAAGUGGACAGUGAAUGCUGAGUGUUUAAUACGGAGUGGACAACUAAAUAUUUUUUCACUGAAGUCCGAUCAAAGGCUGUAUGCCUGAUAUGCCAAGAAACUGUCGCAGUUUUCAAAGAGUACAGUAUCAGCCGUCACUUUGCUACGAAGCAUGCUAACUACGCUAGCAAGCAGUCCCCGCAAGAACUGGCGGCUGCGGCUCAGAGGUUGAAGGAUAAUUUACAGACUCAGCAACAUUUUUUUCACCAACAAACUGCGAUUCAAGAGUCAACUACCAAGGCAAGUUUUUAGCUGGCAUUCAAAUUAGCAAAGGCUAGCAAGCCUUUCUCCGAAGGCGAGUUUUUAAAAGAAUGCAUGGUAGAGACAGCAGGUCUCUUGUGUCCGGAGAGCCAAGGCCAGUUUGAAAUAAUCAGUUCAUCACACAGGACUGUGACUCACUGUGUGGAACUGAUUGACGAAGAUAUAGCCAGAGAAUUAAACAAAAAGGCUGAGUCCUUUAAGUUAUAUUCACUAGCGCUGGAUGAAAGUAAUGACAUGAAAGACACUGCUCAGUUCCUCAUUUUUAUCCGAGGGAUUAAUGACAGUUUUGAGAUAACGGAGGAGUUUUUGACCAUGGAGUCCCUGAAAGGAAAAACGCGAGGAGAGGACUUGUAUAACCAGGUGUCUGCUGUCAUCGAGAGAAUGAAGCUACCUUGGAGUAAACUUGCCAAUGUCACAACGGAUGGAUCACCAAAUUUAACUGGAAAACAUGUUGGGCUGCUGAAAAGAAUCCAGGAUAAAGUGAAAGAGGAAAACCCUGACCAGGAUGUUAUUUUCCUUCACUGCAUCAUCCAUCAGGAAUCUCUGUGUAAGUCUGUAUUGCAGCUUAAUCAUGUCGUGAAUCCAGUUGUAAAACUUGUUAACUUGAUACGAGCAAGGGGACUUCAGCAUCGUCAGUUUAUUAUGUUCCUGGAGGAAACUGAUGCGGAUCAUCAGGACUUACUGUACCACUCUCGUGUCCGCUGGUUAAGUUUGGGCAAAGUGUUUCAACGAGUGUGGGAGCUGAAAGAGGAGAUCAGUGCAUUUUUGGAGUUAAUGGGGAAAUCCGACGAAUUUCUUGAGCUAAGCGACAAGAACUGGCUUUGUGACUUUGCAUUUGCUGUGGACAUAUUUUCACACAUGAAUGAGUGUAAUUAAAUGAAUGCAUUUGGAAAUCAAUUUGUACAAUGAGCCUUGCAUAUUCAUGCUUUGCUACCUGUUAAAGGCCAAAUCCUUUCAUGUAAUGGCUUUUACAUGUCAUUUAUAUUAGUUCACACAAACACUCCAUCCAUCUGUUCCUGGCCCGGCCCCUCUGUCAAAUUUUAGAACCCAUUGUGGCCCGCGAUUCAAAAAGUUUGCCCACCCCUGAUCUAACCCAACACAGUGAAUUGUUUGUAUGUUUUGUCUUUGUGUUUUUGGAUAUCGCUUCUUGUUUUGAAAAAAGGGAUUUUUGAUCUAUUUCAUAUCACAGAAAAGCAAAAAUAAAAUCAUAUUACCUGUUUCCA